CAGUCAUCCAAGGCAGUAACUUGAAUGACGAAAUGGUUCAAAUUAACCUAAAUGAAUUUGUAAAGAAAGUAUGAUUUAUUGUGACCUGGAGGAGGUUUGACAUUAAAAAAAAGUGAAAGUGAUAAAUGCAGAGAGAAAAAAAGACAACCGUUUGGCUUUAAUUCUGGGAGUAUUUCGUAUGUAUUAAGAUUCCCAUUAGCUGCUCCACUGAGAGAUAUGAGGACUAAUCUUGGUGUUAAAACUGGACCCGCAAGAAAAGAAUUUCCAGAGAUUAAAAGGGAUUAGCCAUGAUUGAUCAGCAGUUGAUAUAAAUAAGAAGUGACGCUAACGGUGAGUUUACACCAGGAGGAGGCAUCGCGUGGUGAAACAUCGGAAGCCAUUACCUUUCAAUGGAAGGUUGAGAACAUGGGCGAGGGAGCUGAACAGGGCGGGACUAAAAUUGGGGAAAGCUGAACAUUAUUAAAACCUUCAGCGAUAACGCAACGUGAGUGACCAAUCGAAGCUCACCAUAGCUUCCAACCCCUACUGGAUUGGCUGACAAUGGCUGUUGAUAUGUAGCACUACCUAGCUACUUGAUAGCUUGUUAGCACCCCCCACGAAGGCGUGGCUAAGGGAGUUCCGCCAAUAUAGUGUAAACGGCAUGAAAGGGAUGGAUUCAUUCCGUUUCGCGUAAAAUCCGGGUUCAAAUUUAAAGGUAAUUUUCGAAUGAGCCGAUAUAUGUGUUUACGGUGAAUGCAGUCUAAAUGAACAUUGCCUUUAAAUUUCAAUCGAGCUUGCUAUAUAUAACGAUUCUUCUGCGAUAAGAUUGAAUGCAGCCCUUAUCUUUUCCCCAAAAUGUUGUUAAAUUACUACAUGUAGUUCCCUAUUUACCAACACUGGUUCUGCGCAUGAUUUGUCCACCAAUGUUAGGCUACCCCAAAGUCACCUUGGCAGGGCAUUGCUGAGUCUACAAUGAAGUCAAAGCAAACCACAUACAUCCUAUAAUUUGCCUUAGACUCAGCCCUGUAGUAGCCUAUAUGUUUCAAUCGAAAAUUAUUUUAUAAAUUAAAAUUAGUGUCACAUCUCGAAUUAUUUAAUACAUUCAUAUGAAAGCCUACAAUCGCGUUAUAAACGCAUUGAGAAAUGUGUGUGUGUGAUCAAAAAGGUUAGUGAAAAACUUAGGCUACCAAAUCACCAAUAAAAUAAAAGUUGUAACAGAAAUACUUGUAUUCCUACCUCAGCUUUAUGGUGGUUGACUUGGCGCUGAUCUAGAAGUUCGAAAUUCAAUCUGUAAAAACUUUGGAAGCCCGGCAUCAUUAGAUAACGGGACAAUUGUCGUGGAUAGAGCAUAAACUGCACAAUUCUAUAGCCUACCAACCACUCCUAAAAAGAAAAACAAUAAACCACUGCGAUAUUUAACUACAAACUGUAGGGCAAAAGUAACUGUUUUUGAAAUAGGCUUAUUUACCGUCGUUUUCGCCCGGUCCCAAAGUAACUGUUGACAUAAUAGAUGCCCCUCCUUCUUCUGAUGAUGUGGAAAAGGUUGGCUAGGUGGAGGCCAUUGACAUCGGAAUUAUACUGUAGUCUCAAGAAUUUUGCAUAUAGACAAGCAUAGGCUACUGUAUAUAGGCAUUCGCUAGGCCUAGUCAUUUUUUUCAGGAACAAAAACAGUGAACAAAUACAUUUCUUUAUUUAGACUAUGUAUUAUUGUCAUAAUAAUAAUAAAUGUAAUACUAAUAAUACUGUAAUAAUUAUUUGUUCAUCAUGUAUCAUCAUAAGGAAUAUUGUUAUAAUUUUUUGUCUUAUCAGUAUUAGCCAACUAAUAUAAUCGAUGAUGAUUGAGGAUGAUGAUGAUAAUGAUGAUUUUCUAAAAAUCUCGGUCAUUUAACAAGUGAAGGUAUUGCAACUUCUGCAAAUAGUUUAGUUCUGAUGAAACUUUCGAAAUAGAAUGCUUAGAAUUGUUACAUCGCCCAGGGAACGUUCCAUGGAUUUAGAACUAUUGACAAUAUGUUUAUAAUUGAAAAUAAAAUCACCACAAAGACCAGGAAGCAAGCUGAGAAUGAGAGAUAUAUAUUCUGAAACUGAAGUCUACCACACUUUGGAUGUAGUGGGAAAGGGUACAUUCGGAAAAGUGUCAAAAUGCUGGAGAGGGAGUGACGGAGAAUUAGUGGCGGUAAAAAUUAUGAAAAUGGAUGUUCACAGAAAUCGAGUGAUAAAAAAUGAAUUAAAACUUAUAAGUGCUCUUUCCCGGAAUAAUUUGAAGACAAGCCACAUCGUUCAAUUUCACGAGGCCUUCCGUGACCAAACGAAUCAUUACCUGGUUUUUGAACUAUUGGAGAAGAACCUGUAUCAGCUUCAGAAAGAGAAUGGUUUCAAGCCGAUGGCGGUCCGCAACAUCAGGACCAUCACGUGUCAGAUGAUAAAAGCACUAGCCAAACUGAAGGAACUCGCCAUCAUUCAUGCUGAUCUGAAACCUGAAAAUAUAAUGGUCGUGGAUCAUUGUCGCCAUCCUUUCAGCAUAAAGUUGAUUGAUUUUGGUUCUGCAAGUAUUUUCAGUGAAGUGCAUUUUGUUAAGGAGCCAUACAUCCAAUCCAGGUAGAGAGCUUAUGUUGCAUCACAUGCUUUGUGAUGUCUUGUAUUUGUGAAUGUGAUCAUUAAAACAAAUUCAGGGUGUCUGUGUGAACCCAACAUGAUCACUUCCACAAACAAAACAUUUGGGAAAGAAAAUAAGUACCUAUAUUUGCUCUUACCCGGUUUUUCAAAUAACUCACAGGUUCUAUAGGUCUC